GUCAUAUAUAGAGUAUGUUUAUUUAUUUGCAAAUGGACAUCCUCCGGGGUUAACUAUAUAAUGAUAUUUAUAUUCCUUCUUACAGCGCCGCAUACGAUCCAACAAUAAUAUCAACUAGAGGACUCGUCAUCAUCGCACCUGCUGCAGCUGCUGUCCUCUUCGACCUUCUUAUCCAUUCUUUUUUGCAUUUAUUUUUGUUCGAGCAUGAUGAUCAUUUACAGCAGUGAGAACUGGCACACUUGUUGUCACCAUAUCUGAAGCAGUGCAUGCCCUCAUCAAUCUUCUUGCCCAAGCUCUUGCACUUGCCUUGAUUGUUAUCCUUAUGGCACAUCAUCCCCUGAUCACCACCAUGAUCUUUCUCAUGGUCCUUAUCAUGAUCCUUAUCAUGGUCUUUCUCGUGGUCCUUGUCAUGGUCUUUCUCAUGGUCCAUUUCAUGAUCCUUCUCAUGAUGCUUCUCAUGUUCCUUGUCAUGAUCCUUGCCAUGGUCCUUGUCAUGGUCCUUUUUCUGGUGCAUAUCAUGAUCCUUCUCAUGACCCUGCUCAUAUUCCUUACCAUGGUUCUUAUUAUGGUCCUUACCAUCAUCAUGAUGUUUGCCAUGGUUCUUGCCAUCAUCAUGGUCCAUGCAGCAGUGGGAACUGGCACACUUGUUGUCACCGUAUCUGAAGCAGUGCAUGUGCUCGUCUAUUUUCUUGCCCAAGCUCUUACAUUUGCCUUGGUUGUUAUCCUUGUGGCACAUCAUCGGCUUUUCAACAUCAUCACCAUGGUACUUGUCAUCAUCAUGGUGCUUGUCAUCAUCAUGAUGCUUAACAUCAUCAUGGUCCAUGCAGCAGUGUGAGCUGGCGCACUUUUCAUCACCAUAUCGGAAGCAGUGCCUGUGCUUAUCCACCUUCUUGCCCAUACCUUUGCAUUUGCCUUGAUUGGUAUCGUCAGAACACUUCAUCUUGUGUUCAUCAUCGUCAUCAUCAGCAUCAUCUCCGCGUCUAUCCAUGCAACAGUGUGAAGUUGAACAUUUGUCACUGCCACUUAGGUUGCAGUGUUGUUUCGUAUCAAUAUCCUUGUUCAUGCCAUCGCACUUGCCAUUGUUGUUGGAUUCAGAACACAUCUCCAUCAUGGAAGGAGAAGAAGCCGCCAUUGCCAUUGCCGCAGUGGUGACAAGUACUAAUGUUGUGCGCAACAGUUUCAUGUUGAUAUCUUCAGUUUACUUCAC